GAUUCUGCACUUUGGAUACUGAAGACAGAAAUAAUUACAGGCUAGAAGGCUGCAGGAAGCAGAGCACCUUUACUGUCUCCUAGGCUCAAGAGCAAGGUAACUGGGCAAGAAGUCCUUCAGAAGCAAGUGGCAGCUGCCCCUGAGGUCUCUGCUGAUUAAGCCAGGAAAGGACUCCCAGGUGGAACCUGAGGAAGUCCCCCAGAGAGGAAAUGGGCCCUCACUUCAGCCCAUCAAGUAGGACAUAGGACAUGAGGCUGUGGCUGCGAGGCCUGGGCCUCCAGGCAUUGAGGAGCUUCUGGGUUGUCCGUGGAGUCCACACACAGGUGCCACCUCCUCCUGUCCCUCAGAAGGUUUUGACCGACUGGGAAGCCAUCUGCCUGGGGAGGCAGCCGGUGCCCGAGUACUUCAACUUUGCCCAUGACAUGCUGGACAUGUGGACUCGGCUCGAAAAGGCUGGGGACCGGCCCUCAGGCCCUGCAUUCUGGUGGGUGGAUGGCAAAGGAGCUGAGGUCAAGUGGAGCUAUGAGGAGCUGGGGAAGCAAUCCAGGAAAGCAGCCAAUGUUCUGGGGGAUGCAUGCGGCCUGCAGCCUGGGGACAGAAUAAUGCUGGUGCUCCCACGACUCCCAGAAUGGUGGCUGGUCAGCGUGGCCUGCAUGCGCACAGGGGUUGUCAUGAUUCCAGGUGUCACCCAGCUAACAGAGAAGGACCUCAAGUACCGGCUGCAGGUGUCCAGGGCCAAGUCCAUUAUCACCAGUGACUCUCUAGCUCCACACGUGGAUGCCAUCAGCAACGAAUGCCCCUCCCUACAGGCCAAGCUGUUGGUGUCGGACACCAGGCGCCCAGGCUGGAUGAACUUCAGAGAACUACUGCAAGAGGCAUCUACAGAACACAGCUGUGUGAGGACCAAGAGUCGGGACGCUCUGUCCAUCUACUUCACCAGUGGGACGACGGGAGCCCCCAAGAUGGUGGAGCACUCUCACUGCAGCUAUGGACUGGGAUUUUUGGCCAGUGCAAGACAGUGGAUGGGCUUGACCGGAUCAUCUGUCUUCUGGAACACAACUGACACUGGCUGGGUGAAGGCAGCCUGGACUCUCUUUUCUGCCUGGGGUACUGGAUCUUGUAUUUUUGUGCAUGAGAUGCCCCGAGUUGAUACCAAAGUUAUCCUAAAUUCUUCUUCAGACUUGGUUGGAGCUGGAAAAUGUGCUUGAAAACUGACCCAUGCAUUUGAGAAGACUUCCAUGGCCCACUGGCUAUGGGUGGUAGGCUUCACUCCUCCUGCUGUGCUCACCCACAGGACAAAUUGGACUCACACAUGGUAGUUUGCUUCCCCCACAGUGAGUAACCCAAGAGCAAACAAGAGCAAAAGUCUCAAACCCAGGUGCCUUCAUCUUUGGAGAACCAAAUCCCAAAGGCAUCAUCUUGACUGUGUGCUAUUCGUUAUAUAAGCCAACCUGGGUUUACUCUGGGAAGCAGCCCCAAAAAACACGAAAAGUGGGAGGUGGAGAUUGGCUAUCUCAGAGACUUUAUUCCACACAUAGUUAAUAAUGAGAACAUAAAGACCCAGUUCACUUGCUUCAUUUCCAUGAAGUGAAAUGAAUAGUGACCCUAAGAACUGGUUGUUGUUGUUGUUGUUGUUGUUGUUGUUGUUGUUGUUGUUGUUUGGAAAUGAAGUCCCUGUGUAUCCCAGGUUAGCCUUGAACUUAUGAUCCUCCUGCCACAGCCUCUCAAGUGCUGGAAUGAGAGGUAUAUGCCCUCGUGCCUGGCUCAUCUCUGGUUUC